CAUUCCCCUCCCCCUCUUCACAGGACAUGGCGGAGCCACCGCCCGCACCGCCCAUGCCGAAGGCACCGCCGCGGCCGCGGCCGCGCCACCACCACGCGCCGCCGGGCCUCCGCGCCGUGCCCGCCUUCUCCUACAACGCCCACCGCAGCCUCGUCCUCGGGCUCACCUUCCUCGCAUAUGCCCUCUACCACGCCUCCCGAAAGCCGCCCAGCAUCGUGAAGCGCGCCCUAUCCGAGUCGUGGCCACCCUUCUACGACCCCGCCCUCCUCGGCGAGACGGACGUCGCGUUCCUCGCCUUCUAUUCGCUCGGCAUGUUCGGCGCCGGCCAUCUCGGCGAUCGCCUCGAUCUCCGCCUCUUCCUCGCCGCAGGAAUGGUCGGAAGCGGCGCAGCCGUUGCGCUCUUCGGUGUUGGGUACUUCCUUUCCCUCCACUCGCUCGCGUUCUACGUCGUCGCCCAGGCGAUCGCGGGCCUGCUGCAGUCCACCGGUUGGCCCUCCGUGGUGGCCAUCGUCGGCAACUGGUUCUGCGGCCGGAGACGCGGCCUCAUAAUGGGCGUAUGGAACGCGCACACCUCCGUUGGAAACAUCAGCGGCUCGCUCAUCGCCGCCGCCGUGCUCAAGUACGGGUGGGGCUGGUCGUUUGUGGUCCCAGGAGGGCUCAUUGCGAUCGGUGGUGUUCUCGUGUUUUUCUUCCUCGCACCGUACCCAGAGGACGUCGGCUUCGCUCCAUUGCCGCCCAAGCAGGCCAGUGAGACGAGCACGGACGAGGAGGACAGAAGCAUUAGCAUCGCUGGUGGCACAGGCGAGGAGGGCAGGAGGGAUGCUGUGGGGAUUUGGAAGGCGUUCUCGAUUCCGGGAGUGUUCACGUUCGCGGCCUGCCUCUUCUUUGCCAAGCUGGUCGCCUACACGUUUCUGUACUGGCUCCCGUUCUACUUGACCCAAACUGCUAUUGGAGGAGAGUACAUGUCGGUCACAGAUGCUGGUUAUCUAUCCGUUUUGUUCGAUGUAGGUGGAAUCAUUGGUGGAAUUCUCGCUGGGUUCAUGUCUGACCAGCUCGAUGCUAGGGCCACUACUGCAGCAAUCUUUAUGUACCUGGCGAUUCCGUCUCUUUACGCCUUUCAUGCUUAUGGCAGUACUUCCAAAGUGACAAACAUUGCCUUGAUGAUGAUCAGUGGCUUGUUUGUUAAUGGACCUUAUGCUCUGAUAACAACUGCAGUCUCAGCUGAUCUGGGAACUCACAAAUCCCUCAAAGGAGAUUCUCGUGCGUUGGCCACAGUCACGGCAAUUAUAGAUGGGACAGGAUCGCUUGGUGCUGCGUUAGGGCCAUUUGUGACGGGAUUCAUUUCAAAAACUGGAUGGGAUUCAGUGUUCAUAAUGCUUAUACUUUGUGCAUUUAUUGCUGGUGCAUGUUUAUCAGGUCUUGUGAAAGCAGAAACUCUGCAGAUUAUUCAGAACUGGAGGAACCGUUCAACUAACACGCAGAAUGGAAUUGCAGAUCCUGGUGCUGAACCACUUUUAGGGGGGAGUACUUGAUGGCAUGGCUGUUUUGGCGCAGGUAUCAGGGGAAUAUGUAUACAUUUGUGUAAUGUUGUCGUAGUUGAGAUGAUACGGUAUGUUGGUGCUGAUGAUACAUUUGAGGAAGGCCAAACCGGACAGAGAAAAUGGAAACGGUUUCCAUAUGUUGGUGCUGAUGAUCCCAGCAAGCAAAUACGAUUGGAUAGCAUCUGUUGUCUUCUUUUCUUUCACAGGGAAAGUAUAGUGCAUCUUCUAGUACGGAGUAACAUUUUUGAAAAAAUCAAACUGAUGUAGGAGUAGGAUCUCUGUCUUUUCUCAUAUUGAUGUGCUUUAGGGACUAGAUGAACAUCAUGGAGGAGUCGAACGGCUUCCUGUCUGAAAUGAAUCUGAACUCUGAAGACGGUAUUACAAUGUUUAUACUGUAUAUACUUUAGAAUCAAUGUUAAUCGAACCGGAUCUCUAGUGAGCACUUUGGUUUUUGCGUCAGGAUGUGUAUUUUUGUGUACUCUUUUAUGCUUGAACUGCCAUUAUUGUUCUGCUCCUUUUUCGAACGGUUUUUUUUUCCUGCGGCUGCAGGAACAACAUACUGUCUCAAACAUACUGUUUUUUUGACAGAACCUCGUCAAGAGGAGAGGGUGUUCCUGCAUUUCAUUUAAGAAGAAUAUAAUGGCUCCGUUUAUAAGGAAAACCGAGCCGAAAACCAACCGUACAAACACACAAUGACGGAAACCCUCAUCACCACAUGACAAGAGAC